UCAACAGGCCAUUUCCCACAUUUUUCAGUAUAAGAAUUUCAUGCUGGUGCAUUUCUACAUAAUACUUUUUUCUCAGCCAGUUUGAACACCGAUCCUUACACUUUUCUAGGAUCAUUUACAUCCAAGUUUACAGUCCUUAAAAGAAGGAAUAUAAAAGUGCCAGUGCCCCAUCUCCUCUGUUUGCUAAGUUUAUAGGCUGUGUAAAUGCAUGUUCUUGAGUUGAAGCUUUAAGGAAGUUAAAUAUUUUUUCCCAGAAUAAACAGUCUCAGUUUCUUUUCAUAAUCCAAGCUACUUGUGUUAGGAAAUAGGCAACUUAAAAAUUCUUCUUUCAUCUUUAUUUGGUGUAUUUUGUUCCUAAGAAAGUUUAGGUUUUGGACUAAACCUAGAAGAGAGAAAAAAAUACUAUUGUCAUCCCUACUGCUCUUAAUUUUAAAAAUGUCUGGUUAAAUCUCCCCUUAUUUCCCCUUAAAAUUUCUAUAAUGAGACAGUAAACUAUUCCAGACUGAUUCCCAAACACUCAGAGGACAUAUGGAGCUGGGCGAGUGGAGUGAUUUGUUUUGCUGUGAAUAAGGAAUCUUUCUGAGUGUAAUUCAUAUUCAAAGAGAUAUUUUGAUUCCAAGUCUGACAAGAAAAUUACCAGCACUUGCUAAGGCAAAAUAAUGAAAAGCCCACCCAUAUGCACGCUAUUUUGAACAGAAUUAGAACAGAAGAGAAUAUAAAUAAAAAGAAUAGAAUAGAGUAGACUCUUUCAGUUGGAAGGGACCUGCAGCGAUCAUCUUGUCCAACUGCCUGAGCAGUUCAGGGCUAGCCAAAAGUUAAAGCAUAUUGUUAAGGGCAUUGUCCAAAUGCUUCCUAAACUCUGAUAAGCCUGAGGCUUUGGCAACCUCUCUAGGAAGCUUGUCCCAAUGUUUGACCACCAUCAUGGUAAAGAAAUGCUUCCUAGAAUCCAAUUUACAUCUUCCCUGGGACAGCUUUAAGCCUUAUCCCUGAGUCCUGUCACUGGAUACUUGAGAGAAGAGACCAGAAGCUCCCUCUCUGCUUCCCCUCCUCUGAAGUAGAGAGCAGUGAAGACACCCCUCAGCCUCCUUUUCUCCAAACUAGACAAACCCAAAUGCUGACUGGGGGGCCGCUCAGUGGGACCUACAGGCUGCGCCAGAUUCACUUCCACUGGGGAUCCAAUGAUGAGGCUGGCUCUGAGCACACGGUGGAUGGGAUGAAGUAUGCAGCAGAGCUUCAUGUGGUCCAUUGGAAUGCAGAGAAGUAUUCCAGUUUUGUUGAGGCAGCUUCUCAGUCAGAUGGACUAGCAGUCAUGGCUGUAUUUCUGAAGAUUGGCGAAUGCAACCCUCAGCUGAACAAGAUUACUGACCGCUUGGACACCAUCAGAAUUAAGGGAAAAAAAGCACUAUUCACAAAUUUUGAUCCCAGCUGUCUGCUUCCCAAGUCCCUGGACUACUGGACGUACUUUGGCUCUCUCACUGUUCCACCUCUUCUUGAGAGCGUCAUCUGGAUUGUUCUGAGAGAACCCAUAAGUGUUUGCUCUGAACAGCUGGCCAAAUUCCGCAGCCUCCUGAGCACUGCUGAGGAUGAGGCUGCCUGCUGCUUGCUGAGAAACUUCCGGCCUCCCCAGCCUCUAAGGGGACGAGAAGUCAGAAGGAAUUAAAGGAGUAAAUCCAAAGUAGCCUCCCUCUGAAACCAAAGGCUGAAUUCAUUUUAAUAGUUAAUAUACUUUGUGAUUUUAUUUUUUUUCUUUUCUUUUCUUUUUUUUAGGGUUUUUUUUUGUGAGUUGUUUUAACAAAUAGCUGUUGUUUUAUUAGUAGUUUACCAUGCAGUCAUUUCUCACAGGCAGGUAUGUCCGGAGAUGUCACAGGUUCAUUGAUGUUAACAGGUCUGACUGGGUUUGAGUGCAUUGGCUUGGAAGCAGUGAGCCAUCAGCAUUGCCUGCACACAGGUCACUGCUAAUCAUAAGGGUCAAACGUGGUGAAGGAGUUGCCCAGAUUUUGCCACCAAAUUACUGAACAGGAUCCCUGGUAUUAUUGACAGUACAGGAUAUUCUGGGCUUAUUCUUCUGAUCUCUAACAUAAUAUUUAGCUUCUGUAUCCACCUCACAAUGCAGUUCUCAAGGAAAAAGUAUUUCAAGGAUGAUGUAAUUUCAUUGCUGACUUUUGCAAUACCAUGCUUACUAUCCUUCAGAAAGCAGCAAUGACUAGCAACAUUUAAGUAAAACAGAUAUUUACAUGAUCCUGUUAUUCUGGCUGCUUCAUAGCAGUAAUCAUCUACUGAUUGAUUUUUAUUUUUUUUUAAAGCAAAUAGUAAGGAUUUUGUAUAUUGCAAGAUCAUGUCAGGUAGAAUAGGUAUUCCUAAAUUUCACAAUGUGACAAGAUGAAAUUGUCCUGAAACCUGAAAACUGCAAGGUGAAAGGGCAUAGAGGAAGCUGUUUGUUCCUAAAUCCAGUUUGUUGCAUUGGCUGAAAAAUAAGGGAUUAUUACACUAUACCCAUGUAGUGUCAGACUUCGUGACUUAAAAUCAAGAGGCAGGGGUAGCUGUUGUUCCAGACUGUUGGACACUGCAGUGUGAACCAUGUGCUGCUUGCCUCUCAUGUCGCUGUGGAGCACAGUACUACCCAGGUCUAGAAUGUCUCAAGGUGCUGGCUGAUGUUCUGUUCUCAUAGCUGAACUUCAGUGAUUACACUUAUAUUCCAAGACCAAAGAGAAUAGUCAGAGAGCCAAAGAUAUCGGAAUCAAGUCAACAUCUAAUAAAAAGCUGAGCCCUCAAUAGCAAUAUAUUGAAAUGUCUGGCUUUGAGUUGACUUGAGCCUGCGUUUCUCUCAGGAGCUUUUUUAAUCUGAAUAUAAUUGGGGUUUUUACACCAAAUAUUUUUAUUACUGAACAUUCCAUAGGAUGUAGCUUAGGAUAGAAUUAGAUUUACUCUCAGCUAAGCUCUGAGAACUACAUAUUGAAACCCACUGAUACCUGAAAGAGGCAGCUAGAGGUUUUACUGGCAGCAACUAACAGCAAUCACUGUAGUGCUUUGGACAAAUUCAUCUUCCAUGACUGCUCUCCUUGAAUUCAUUUUUAAGUAGGUUUUAUAUGCUCUGCCUUUUACCUCAAUAGGUCAUUUGAACUUAGAUGAACAAACCUGAGGGAAGUCACAAUCAGGAUUGACUUUAUAUGCUGUUUUAGAACAAUAAAUUAGACACAGAGGUAUAUUUUAUCUUAGUUUAAGAUAUGUGGACUUUUUUGUUUCCUCCUCCCCAGAAUAUAGCUAUUAUAUCCUGCAAGGCCUACCAAUGCCUUUUGAGUAUUUUUUGAAGAAAAGAUCACAAACAGACCAUUGGAGAAAUAAAAGGCAUUUAGCGGCACUAAAAAGAAAAAUGGGUGUGUUUUCACUCUUUUGAAAACUUAGGAUUUGAUCUCAUAUGUUUCCCUGUUAUGUGAGUAGCUACAGAAUGUGGAAAAAAAUGUUUACAAGUUGCAAGAAGGAUACAAACGAUAUGUUUGUCUCAGAAGAGAAAGGAAUAAGGCUACUGCUUCAUAUCGUAAACAGAAGUUUUACAUAUUUCUUACAUAUUGUAAACUGUGGAGUUGAUUCAACGCUUUUAUAUUUAUAAGGAUUUUAUCAAAAUAAAAUAUGGAUUUUAUGAACGUG